CUCGCUAGAGUAAGGAAAGGAAGAGCAUUCAAUAGAGAGAGAGAGAGAGAGAGAGUGGUGUUUUCUGUGUCUCUCAGAUAUUUUCUUUAAUCAUUUUAGUUUGUCUUUAUUAGUGAGUCCCCCUUCGGCUACGGCUACUACUCAUUAGUCAUUAACCAAUUUCAUUGCAACUAGUUGGUGAGUGAGAGAACUAGAAGGAGGGCGGAGAAAUUAAAGAAUGGGAGUUCUGGAUCAUCUGUCUGAUGUGUUUGACUGCUCCACUGGCGAAUCUAAGCACAAGAAACGCAAGCAAUUGCAGACAGUGGAGGUAAGAGUGAAGAUGGACUGUGAGGGAUGUGAGAGGAAAGUGAGAAGGUCUGUUGAGGGAAUGAAAGGAGUGAGCUCAGUACAGAUUGAUCCGAAGCAACACAAACUCACAGUUAUCGGGUAUGUGGAUCCAGAUAAGGUUGUUGCCCGUGUGGCUCAUCGCACUGGCAAGAAGGCUGAGCUUUGGCCUUAUGUUCCCUACGACGUGGUAGCUCACCCAUAUGCACAAGGGGUGUAUGACAAGAAAGCCCCUGCUGGGUACGUGCGCAGGGCAGAUGAUGAUCCUCAACGUUACCAGCUUGCCCGUGCCAGUUCCACUGAAGUUCGCUACACCACUGCCUUCAGCGAUGAAAACCCAGCUGCAUGUGUUGUCAUGUGAUGUGUGUAUAUAUAUAUAUGCAGUAUGCAGAGAUCGAUGGAGUUGAAGGAAGUUGCAAGGCUAGCUCCCUACUUAUCUACGGGGUUUGGAUGGAUGGCUGUUUGUUUUCUGUUUUCCUUAAUUUUGGACUAAUACAAGGCAAGGCAAUGCUGUAAGUGAUUUGUUAGUUUGGUUAUGAUGGAUGUUAAAUACUUCAUGUAUUUGAAUAAUAUUUGUUUGUUCAUGGAAA